UUCCAUCACCAUCAACACCAGCACCAGCUAAACAUCAACCACAAACCCGGUUCUUUCAUUUCCAGCCACUUAGACCAAGGACCAGCUAGAGACCAUGGACGCAGGACUCACAGCCGCCGAGACGCGCGAGUUAGAAACCCGCAUGCAAAAGCGCCAGAUCAAGGAUUUCAUGAGUAUGUUUGGCAACAUCGUCGACAACUGCUUCAACGCGUGUGUCGACGACUUCACCUCCAAGGCCCUCUCGGGCCGCGAGAGCGGCUGCCUUAGCCGGUGCGUGACCAAGACCAUGACGACCAACCAACGGCUGGGCGAGCGCUUCGGCGAGCUCAACGCCGCCGCGACGGCCGAGAUGCAGAACCGGCGGUAAGAAGUAAAAGAUAGAAAAGAGGAAAGAAAGGAAGACAACUUACCGCCGCCGUUCGAAUAAAUGUUUCCAAUGGAGAUCUUGACUCGCGGAAAGAUAACGUCUAUGAUCGGUCCGGGAUACCCGUCUAUACCCGACAUACCGUUGGAAGGGGACGGGACGGGAUGGGAAGGAUGGGAUGGGAUACCCUGUGUAUUAUACAUCACGGCUCUGGCCUGGAAGGAUACGGGCCAUGCUAGCAUGACGGCAUGGAAUGUGGGAUAGACAGGAACUGGUUGUUUUGUUUGUCAUGUGUGUACGAAUAGAAGGAUCGCUAGGGGGUGGCUUCUUUGAUCUUGGGAAUUCGGGUUUGUUUCACAGCACGGGACAACUGAACCUGUGGGGACCAACACCGCAGAUUCACCUAAUCAUAAAAAAGUCAUAGGCUCCCUUACCGUGAUGCCCACUAUCCUCGACGGUAUUUACACAAACAAGGG